AUGACAAGGCAUAUCAGGCCAUUGUAUAUCAAAGCUGAGGUAAAUAGCGUCGCCAUUGGAAGAGUGCUAAUUGACAAUGGCGCAGGAGUAAACAUCUUACCUUCCCGGAUGCUCAAAAAGUUCGGAAUAGAACGUCACCAGCUAGAAUCCACUGACGUUUAUAUGACAGAUUUCGCCGGAGGCGAGACCCCCGCCGAAGGGUACAUCACCCUAAAGAUAAAAGUUGGCCGAGUCGAGACCGAAGAAGGUUUCUUUGUUGUUAAUGCUAGGAGCAAUUAUAAUGUGUUACUCGGCCGAGACUGGAUUCAUUCCAAUAUGUGCAUCCCAUCAACCAUGCAUCAGAUGCUGAUAUUAUGGCGAGAGGCUGGAGAGGCCGAGAUAGUGCAGGGUGACCCGAGCCCUUUUGGUGAAGAUAGCAACGUCUUAGAAGCUAUGAUGUAUGAUGAGCAAACGUUACCCUCGGGGGCAGCGGCCGAUCCACCAUCUUGCAACAUUCUGAUGAAUAGACGACACACAGAGUUGCGAAGGAAGGUUCAUAACUUAGCACUCAGUCACGGGGUAUUAUCCGCGGAGUGCAUAUACGAGGACCAGGAUCAAGACCCUACCGGUACCUUGAGAAUAGAAGAUCUCAAAAUAGCCACCGGGAAGUUGGGAGACGAUCCAGCCCAAGUCCAAGACGCGCUCUUAGAGGUUAAUUUAGGGUCAGAAACAUCCCCAAAGCCGAUAUACAUUAGCGCUAGCCUCGAUGUCACAUUUAAAAACGAAUUGAUCGCGCUUCUGCGGGAAUAUAAGGAUUGUUUCGCUUGGUCAUAUGCAGAAAUGCCGGGUCUUGAUAAAUCAAUCGCCGAACACAAGUUACCCCUGAAGGAUGGCUUUCGCCCAUUCAGGCAAUCUCCCAGACGAAUGUCAAAAGAGGUCGAGGAGUUGAUCAGGGAAGAGAUCAAUCGGCUUAAAGAGGCUAACUUCAUACGGGAAGCUAAGUACACAGAAUGGUUAUCCAACAUAGUGCCCGUCAUGAAAAAGAACGGCAAGUUACGAGUAUGCGUCGACUUCCGAAACUUGAACUUGGCGACGCCCAAAGAUGAAUAUCUGAUGCCGGUAGCUGAUAUGCUGAUCGAUGGAGCAGCCGGGCACAACAUCCUUAGUUUUCUGGACGCCCAUUCUGGGUACAAUCAAGUGCCGAUCCACGAAGCCGAUAUUUCUAAAACCACAUUUCGUUGCCCCGGGCCGAUUGGUGCGUACGAAUGGGUUGUGAUGCCCUUCGGUUUAAAGAACGCCGGUGCGACUUACCAACGGACCAUGAAUAAAAUGUUUGAAGGGUUGGCAUGUCUAGAAGUAUACAUCGAUGAUGUGGUCGUAAAAUCACCAAGCAAUGCAGCUCACCUUACCGAUUUGAAACGAGGCUUUAAGCGUAUCCGGACCAACGGUUUGAAGAUGAAUCCAUUGAAAUGCGCUUUUGGGGUGUCGGCAGGAAAUUUCUUGGGUUUCUUGGUUCACCAGCGGGGGUUGGAGGUAGAUAAGAAUAAAGCGAAAGCAAUAAUUAAUGCUAAACCACCAAAAACCAAGAACAACUACAGCGGUUGA